UACUUUAGAUUGUCCUAAUAUGUAUUUCAGAUUCAUUUAUUGAAAAUGCUGGUGUUAGCAUGAGCAGAGAAGGCCCACUAGUGCAUCAUGGUGGACGUGUCCUCUUUCUGAUCUUCACGUCAGCUGUGCUGGAUGGGUGUUAAUCCCAUUUUACUUAUGAGAGCCCGAGUAGCUCAUCUUAACGAACUUGUCUGAGGCCAUAUAUCUAAGUGGUAGAGCUUGGAUUUGAAAUAAGACUCUUUGCCCAAGAUCUUUUUCCACUACACCAGGAAUUUUCUCCUAGCACUGAGCACUUUAACCAGACCUUACUUAUAGGAACUUGGGUACGGACACCAUAUCCCUCUCAUAUCACCAAGACCAACUACAUGGUGUGUGGGACCCAGUGCAAACUGAAGUGUAGAGAGAGCGCCUUGUCCAAAAACUACCAAGGAGUGACAGCAAAACAUUAAACUAAGUACAGUCCUCUUCUGGGGCUGCAUGUGACUUGACAGGUCACAUGCAUGAAACUGCCCUACAUAUAUUUCCCUCGGCCCACAUCACCCUGCACCAACACCCCUUCCCUGAAGAUUCUACUCAAAUAUCACUUUCUCCAAGAAGCCUCCCUUCUCUGCACCCACACCUAAGAGGGGAUACCUUUGGUUCCUCUAGGUGUCCUGUCCUAGUAUCAGACCAUGCUGUAUCAUUCUCGUUAUUGUCUGAUGUCACUGCCCUCUGCCCGCCCUGCCCCAUCCGAGCCAGACAUCCUGCCAGCAGAGUUUUAUGGCCUAAAGUAGAGGAAACCAGACUCUAAGAGUAAUAGUGAACCUCAAUGGAAGGCAGGCAGGCUAUGGGGAUCAUCAUCAGGCAGAUGAAGGCACCAGAGAGGGUGGGGGUGGUGAGGACUGUACCCAGACAAAGCAGGAUGAGAAGUGCCAUUAACAAAACUCUUGGCUAAUCCAGGAAGGCCUCCUGGAGGGGGCAGCCCACAUGCUCCGAGAACAGACCUGGGGCACAAGAACACAUAGACAGGUCUAACCUGCACACAUGCCCUUCCCUGAGAGUCCACCUCCUGACAGGUCAAGGAAAUUAGGUUUCUUCACGUCUCUCUUCCCACCCCCAGCUCCAGCCUUAGAAAGGAGGGAGAGACCAGACUUGUGUCUUACAUGAGAUUGUUGUUAUCUGCCUCCAAGAAGUUAGCCAAACUGCCUUUUGAGGAAAGUGGGAGUCCUUUGGUAGCAACAGCCCUGUUCAUAAAAUUGGGGUUUGGAAAAGGCUUCGGAAGUUGGUCGAGCGCAUUCACAACGUUGAGGUUUUCCUUCUUCAGUACAGCCUCCUCCCCAUCCCCCACUUUAAAAAGUGUCUCUGAUGCCAUCUGGUUAUUUGGGACCACAGCCAUCAAUAUGCAGGAUAGCCCAGCUGACAGGAAGUAGAGAGAAACUGUAGGGCAGUAGGCCCACCCUUAGUUUGGGUGGGACGGGACUGCAGUGAGCUGACUUCACAAUCAUCACGGAGUGUAACAAUUAGGGGCCAGCCUUCCCCUUGAUCUGAGGCUCCCUCUGCAGCUAGUCAGACCAAGAGCCUGCAUCAUGAGUAGGGUAGAGCCAAGGAACAAAUGGGAUGGGGCCUUAGGCCCUGUCCAGCUCUAACACACUGCAGUCACCGUAGCCCUGGCCUCUGAGAACUUCACUGUGCUUAACACCUGUGACUUUCAGAGCUGCUGUGGAAGAAGAAAAAGGAUGGUGAGAGAAAGGCACUGGGGCGCAGAGGGAGGCAGCACCCGGAGAACCUCUGGAGUGGGAGACUGCCUGCAGGUGCUGAGGCCCUAUCUAUAUCCUGACACCUGGGCCUCACAGGAUGUUGCAUAGCCACAAGAAAGGCUGGGUGCUUUCUAAGGGGUUAGAACUCACACAUAACCUGGUUUUACUUCCAGAAGUCUAAAUGUGCUGCACGCUCACUUUCAAGUAACUUGGUGUUGAGUGACAAUGGUGGGCAUUGCAGAGGGACUCUAAAACAAAGCCAGACAUCGUCACUACUCUCAAGGAAACUACAGUAAGAAAACAUUUCCGUCACUUCUGGGACAGGGAGCAGGGCUCUUAAAAACAACACUGGCUUUGCACCUAGAUGUAUGCUUAGAGUAAGUCCCCCUAUACUAACUAGCUGUGUGACCUUUAUUAAGUGACUUUACUGAGCCUCAGCUCCCUCACUUAUAAAAUGCGGAUACAAAUAGCACCUCCCUCAUAGAUCUGUGAAAUUGUUUUAUUUCUUCCAGUGGAUGUAGCAAAGCAAAGGCCAUUUCAAAAUAGCAAAUUAUAUGUUUGUGUCUUACAUAUACUUGAGAUUCCACAUACCCUCCCCCUCCACACACACACAAACAACAAGAGAAAGAACUUUGGGAAAAUACAGAGAAGCAGGUGACUGAUAUGCACUUUGAGGCAUCUGAUCACCUGUCAUGUAAUCUGUAAUGAUCUGUCUUUUUUUUCAUUGUCUGUCUCCCUCACUAAUAGGUAGACUCCUUGAGGGGAGGGGAUUGUCCAUCUUGCUUAACUUCGUGUUCCCAGCAUUGGGAACGGAAGCUGGCAUACAGGCCAGUCUUUGGAAGGUUGGCGUGUGUGUUGGGGAAGAAGUUGGAGGUCAGAUGCAUCUGCUGGUGGCUCGUAGCGCCCAGGGUCGGGUGGCGAGCGGAGGCAGCUAGCGGAAGCAGAGGCGCGGGGGAUACUGGUCCGGGCGGGCUUGUCGCCGCGGUUCUGCCGGUGCUGCCAGCAGAUGGCGCGGCAGGCGCGGCUCACGUAGCACGCGAGCCCGGAACCCGGAAGCGGCGGUGCAGCAGAGGAGAGUAAGCCCAGGGCGCGGGGAGCACCGGGCGAUCCGGGAGGGCAGGUGUGCCCCGCCCUGCUUUCUUGCUGCCCGCUUAUUCGCAGCCGGCGUGCCAGGCUCUUCUCCCGAAAGGGGUGCAAAGGGACGUCUGGAGAGGGUCCCGCGGUGCCCACGUGAAGAACAGUCCCGGAUCUCGACCUUCAGGGACAUGGGCGUACUCAGAGCUGGACUGUGCCCCGGCCUCACCCAGGAGAUGGUCCAGCUUUUGAGGAGCCGCGGCAUCAAGACAGUGGUGGACCUGGCUGCUGCCGACCUGGAGGAAGUAGCUCAGAAGUGUAGCUUGUCUUAUAAGGCCCUGGUUGCCCUGAGGCGGGUGUUGCUGGCUCAGUUCUCCUCAUUCCCCUCCAAUGGCGCGGAUCUCUAUGAGGAACUGAAGACCUCCACUGCCAUCCUGUCCACCGGCAUUGGAAGCUUGGACAAACUGCUUGAUGCCGGUCUCUAUACAGGAGAAGUGACUGAAAUUGUAGGAGGCCCAGGUAGUGGCAAAACCCAGGUUUGUCUUUGUGUGUCUGCAAAUGUGGCCCACAGCCUGCAGCAGAACGUCCUAUACAUUGAUUCUAAUGGAGGGCUGACAGCCUCCCGCCUCCUCCAGCUACUCCAGGCUAGGACCCAGGAUGAAGAGGAACAGGCAGGAGCUCUCCAGAGGAUCCAGGUGGUGCAUGCAUUUGACAUCUUUCAGAUGCUGGAUGUGCUGCAGGACCUCCGAGGCACUGUGACCCAGCAGGUGAGGUGUUCUUCAGGGACUGUGAAGGUGGUAGUUGUGGACUCAGUCACUGCAGUGGUCUCCCCACUUCUGGGAGGUCAGCAGAGAGAAGGCUUGGCCUUGAUGAUGCAGCUGGCCCGAGAGCUGAAGACCUUGGCCCGGGAGCUCAGCAUGGCCGUGGUGGUGACCAACCACAUGACCCGAGACAGGGACAGUGGGAAGUUCAAACCUGCUCUUGGACGUUCCUGGAGCUUUGUGCCCAGCACCCGAAUUCUUCUGGAUGUCACUGAGGAUGCAGGAGCAUCAGGCAGCAGCCAGCGCACAGUGUGUCUGACCAAAUCUCCCCGUCAGCCAAUAGGGUUCCAGGAGGUGGUGGACAUUGGGACCUGGGAGACUCCAGAAGAGAGCCCAGUGUUACAGGGAGAGCAGACAUGACUGAUGCUGUUGAUUGGGAAGGGAGGAGGCAUCAAAGCCCCCAUACCUUUCCUUCCUAGUAAUGCUGCUGUUCACUGCCACCUGGCACCUAGGACUGCAGAAGUUCUCAGACUGGCCUGAAGAACUGUUUCCUGAGCUUCACUUUCUGUGGACGCAUGUAGAGCCACAGGCCAAGAGGAAGCUACAGUAGAAGAUGCACAGGUCCUUGCUAGUGCCACAUUUCCUUCCUUUGUGUCCACUUUCUAUAUUUCCAGUGGAAGCUGAGUUCGCCUUGGCCUGGGACAUCAUUGUAGAGGCCAUGCUAGAGAUUGGAAGAAUAAUCCUGUGUAUCACUAUCAGAUCCUGUGGUCAAUCCUAGCACAGUGAUGGAGGCCAGGAAGCCACUAACUUGCCUCCCUCCCUUCCUUUUUUUUUUCUUUUUGCCUCUGUUUUUCCAUCUGUAAGAUGGGCUUCCUUUCCCCUCAGCUGUCUCUGAGUUACUGGAUGGAAAUAACUUCAUAAAUGCAAAAACUAGUUUUCAUCUAGGUCCUGUAUAUAUAAAAAGAAAAUUCCCGGAGCUCCAGAACCACUCCUCCCCGAAGUUUCCAUCAGUAAAGCCCUCAAAGAAUGAUUAUUCCUUUCCUCCUGUUGAUUUGGUUUCACACACCUGCAUACAUUGCCACGACUAGGUGAAAAUGUGAGCUUGCUGCUGUCCCAGGGAUAUAAUUUAACAGGAAGGAAGGCAAUGACCUGCUCCUGGUGAAUCCAGCCACUUGUUUAAUAUGCAUGGUGCCCUGUGGGGCCCUUCUACAGUAUAGAGUAACCAGAGGUGCUGAACCAUGGCCUUACCCAUAUACAGACAGGAGAAUUUGCACAAUAAAUAGAGCCAGCUGGGAAAACUGAUGCUGGUGUAAAUAAUACAUGGCAAACCUAGUCCUUUAUGCAGAAAUUCAUUGCUAGUGGCUCCAAGAUGCAAUAUAAUUACACCUCUUCCUGCCAGCUGUACCACUACAUGCCUUAGUAUAUGAAAUAACCCUUCCUUGUCUGAUGCCACCACUGUGGCCAUCCAUCUGAGAGCUGUUAACCCUGUCUGGGAGGGGAGGAUGAUGCCAGGGGAUGGGAAAAAAAAAGGUGAAGUGGAGAAAUGAUCAGGAUUGUGUACUGAUCACAUUUUUUUAACUUAGGUCACUCUUCUCAAUAAGAGAAUCUGUUGUGUAAUCAGUUGUGUCUCGGUUGCAGGAAAAGAGGAUCAGAGAUACACUUAGAAGAUGUGACAUUUAUGGGUGAUGAUUGCAGCAGGGUUAGAAACAGGCGGGAGGAUGGGCAGUGAGUGGCAUGCCUGCACGGUGUCUUUCAGAGUGAGGACGGGGUUGGCAAGUCUAAAUCCUGAUCCUUGCUUCCACAGUAGACCCUAGGAAAAUAUCAGUCUUCAGAAUCUUUAUAAUGUUGGUUGGCACUUCCCUGGAGUCGUCGUAAGAAGCACUGCAUUAAGCUAAGAAUGGCAAAUCCCUGCCAUUCAGGGUACUAUUUGGGCAUCCAGGGCACAUGGCAGAUAUCACCAGUCAUCUCAGCCGCUCUUUUGUAGAACUUAGAGUACUUUGCAGUGUUUCCUCAAUGCAGCAUUACAGACAGCCACUACUAGUCUGUUGAAGCUGGCAUUCAAGGUAGCCUGGUUGCCCCCUCUCUCCUGGGCAGAUUUGUCCUUUUCCCUGUAUGAGUUCAGGUACUUCGUAGCUGACCGAAACCCUGGAAGUGUGCAGUUUGAAGGGCAUGUAAAGAUCACCUGACUCAUCUUGUCAUUUAUUAAAGAACCUGAGGCUCGGGACUGAGG